AAUUAUACGUCACCCAUAAGGCAGAGGCUCUGCUACAAAACACCAUUUGUGUGCGCCUCAAAUCUUUCUGUCCUCCAUUUUCUCUCUUGAUUGGGAAAUCUAAGGCUAAACCCAAAUCAAGGGAAACAAAUAUCUUUUCCUUAAUUUUACCUAAGGAAUAAUAAGGAACAAUAUUCUUUUAUUUUCCCAGCUAUGUUUUUCUGUAGUUUGAAGAGGCGGUGUGCAGAAUAACUUAAUCGGGCAUUCCGCAAAGCGAUGAGGUGAGAAGCCGUUUUGCGUUGUUAAAAAUGAAGGGAGGAAAUCUCCAGAGAGGCAGGGGAAAGCACUUCUCAUUUACUUUACUGGCAGUCAUAUGUAUGACUGUAUUUCUUUGGUCUUAUGAAAGAAGACCUAUUUUGACAAGCAUAGUUUCACCCCAAGAACAAUUAGUUCUACCUUCAGAUGUUAUUGAUGUAACUUCACGUAAAACCGAAAACUUUGCCAAACCAAAAGAUCAUCAUGUCCAAGAACCUCGUCAAGAAAACAAAGAAAUAGAAGAAAAAUCUGAACCGCUUUUAUCAAAGAUUGAUAAUAAAGAAGAAACAGAAGAUAAAACAAACCCUCAGAUCUCCAUUGCCGAGACUACAGAAUCAACGGCAGAAGACUCCUCUGUGACAUUGGAUGAUGGAAACGAUUUAUUAUCCUUGUCUAAAAAGAAGUCUUCAUCUCAUCACAAAGUAUGUAAUUAUGCCAAGGGUAGAUGGGUUGUAGACGACAGGCGACCGUUGUAUUCUGGCUUCAAAUGUAAGCUCUGGCUAUCUGAGAUGUGGGCUUGUAGACUAACACAACGUCCAGAUUUCGGUUAUGAAGCUUAUAGAUGGCAACCGACCAACUGUGACAUGCCCGAGUUUGAAAGAUCUGCAUUUUUGAAAAGAAUGCAGGAUAAAACUAUUGCUUUUGUCGGUGAUUCCUUAGGCAGGCAACAAUUCCAAUCUCUAAUGUGUAUGGUUACUGGUGGUGAAGAGAAUCCCGGAGUUGUAGACAUCGGAAAAGAAUAUGGACUAAGUACCCCGCAUGGUGCUACCCGUCCCAACGGUUGGGCUUUCAAAUUCACGGAAACCAACACCACGAUACUGUACUACUGGUCGUCAUGCCUUUGCGACCUCGUGCCUAUCAACGGUAAUGACCCUGCUUCGGAAGUUGCCAUGCAUCUGGAUCGUCCGCCUUCUUUUUUGAAGCAAUAUCUCCACCAAUUCGACGUUGUUAUUCUUAAUACCGGUCAUCAUUGGAACCGAGGAAAGGUUAAUGCAAAUCGGUGGGUGAUGUACGUUGAUGGGAAACCUAAUCAAAACCGAAGGUUGGCAAUGAUCGGUAACGCGAAAAAUUUCACAAUUCAUAGUGUUGCGAAAUGGCUUGAUUCACAGCUUCCAUCCCAUCCUUGGCUCAAGGUAUUCUUUCGGACGAUAUCACCGAGACAUUUCUUCAACGGAGAAUGGAAUACCGGGGGGAGCUGUGAGAACACAACUCCUAUGGCUCGAGGGAGUGAGGUUAAGCAGGAAGAAUCGAGUGAUCCGAUUAUUGCAAGUGCCGUCAAGGGAACAAAGGUAAAGUUGUUAGAUAUAACUGCUCUUUCCCAGCUAAGAGACGAGGGGCAUAUAUCACGGUAUAGCGUAAAAGCAGCUUCGGGUGUACAAGACUGCUUGCAUUGGUGCUUACCUGGGAUACCCGAUACAUGGAACGAAAUACUAGCGGCUCAAUUGUAGGUUGUUCGUCACAAUCCUUUGUAAUCUUAUAACUUCGAUUUAGUGUAAUCGAUGACCAUAGUUGGCGUUUCGGAAAUCGUUGUUUAAUGUGAAUCUCGGUAGAAAGUAGAGAGGUAUUUUUGUUUAUAUGCUAGAGGAGAUUGCGUUUAGUGUUGAUUAGGGUUAGGGAGAGGAUGCUGCUGAAUUCAUAAUUCAGCAGCCUUGGAAUGAGGGUUCUUGUUGCUUUGAUUUAUUUCCUUGUGCCUAAAAUUAUGGUGUUAUUAAUCUUAUUGUUUUCGCUUUCAA